CAAACCAAACUCCGACUAUUUUUUUUUUUUCGUGAGUAGCAAAUUCCCAUUUCCUAGAGAGAGAGAGAGAUCGCAAAUUCGCAAUCGCAGACACGCCCCACGCACAUGUUCCCGAUUGUGUCUUCGAAUUCUCUCUCUCACCGAAAAUUCUCCAUCGUUUCAGCUUUUCAGGUCCCACGGACUAUACUCUCUAUUUUUCGUUCAUUUAGGGUUAUUAUUUCUAGCUUUACUAUAGUGAAAUUCACGUAAACUGAGUCGAAUCUGUGACUACUUGUAGAUCGGGGAGGAAGAUUGGUGUACGGAGUGGUUGGGGAUUUAAUUUUGGGUGGAUUUUGGAGUGAAAGUGUGGUUUUCGUUUCAGAUCUGUGAAGUUAUAGCUUUGUUUUGAGGGUUUUUUUCUGGGAAGUCGAAUUAAAUGCAGAGGCAGACUAGGUAUUUGGAGAGAUCGAACACCAUGACCAGGGAGAAACGCGGCUUAGACCCUAGUGAGGGUGAAGAAGGGCAGCCGGAGAAGAAGCGACCUGCUCUUGCUAGUGUCAUUGUCGAAGCUCUCAAGGUCGACAGCUUGCAGAAACUUUGUUCAUCACUGGAGCCCAUUCUUCGUAGAGUUGUUAGUGAAGAAGUGGAGCGUGCUUUGGCAAAGUUAGGCCCAGCAAGACUUAACGGAAGAAAAUGCAGGUCUUCUCCAAAACAAAUAGAAGGACCUGAUGGGAGGAACUUGCAGCUGCACUUCAGGUCAAGGCUGUCUCUCCCCCUUUUUACUGGGGGUAAAGUAGAGGGGGAGCAGGGCACUGCAGUCCAUGUUGUCUUGCUUGAUGCAAACACAGGUCAUGUUGUCACGACAGGGCCAGAGGCCUCAGUAAAAUUGGAUGUUGUUGUGCUUGAAGGUGACUUUAACAACGAGGAUGAUGAUGGCUGGACUCAGGAAGACUUUGAAAGCCAUGUGGUGAAAGAGCGUGAAGGAAAGAGGCCUCUUCUUACUGGAGAUUUGCAAGUAACACUGAAGGAAGGUGUAGGAACUCUAGGAGAGCUGACAUUUACAGACAACUCAAGUUGGAUAAGGAGCAGGAAAUUCAGGCUUGGAUUAAAGGUUGCAUCAGGCUUCUGUGAGGGUAUUCGUAUUCGUGAAGCAAAAACAGAUGCUUUUACUGUUAAGGAUCAUAGAGGAGAACUAUACAAGAAGCACUAUCCACCUGCAUUAAAUGAUGAAGUGUGGAGACUGGAGAAGAUUGGCAAGGAUGGAUCAUUCCACAAGAGGUUGAAUAAGGCUGGUAUAUUCACAGUUGAAGAUUUUCUUAGAUUUGUGGUUAGAGACCAACAAGGACUGCGAAAUAUUCUUGGAAGUGGCAUGUCAAAUAAGAUGUGGGAGGUUCUUGUAGAGCAUGCAAAGACUUGUGUCUUGAGUGGGAAGCUCUAUGUUUACUAUCCUGAUGACACAAGGAAUGUUGGUGUUGUUUUUAACAAUAUCUAUGAGUUGAGUGGCCUUAUUGCAGGUGGACAAUAUUAUUCAGCUGAUUCUCUUUCUGAAAAUCAGAAGGUUUUUGUUGAUUCCUUGGUGAAGAAGGCAUAUGAGAAUUGGGGGCAAGUCAUAGAGUAUGAUGGGAAGGCACUUUUGAGCUAUAAGCAGAACAAGAGGUCAAGUUCUAGAAAUGAGCUUCCAAUGGCUCCAACAGAUUAUGCUAAUUCAUUUGAUCAACAAGUCUCUGUACCUCGCCUUCCUGUUCCUUCAGAGCAGUCUUCGAUGGAUUCAGGCCUGAAUGUUGGUGGAUAUAAUGAUAAUCAUCUGGUCACUGGAUAUCCAACCCAGUCACAAGUAAACUCCAGUGCUCAUAUUCAGUUUGACAGCAAUUCGUUUGCAACUCAAAGCCAGAUGAUCAGCACUUCACAUCAAGCACAAAUUCCAAGAAAUGAUGACAUUGUUGGGUUGGCCUUGGGGCCACCUCAAUCUUCAACAACAGGGUUCGAGAAUGUAGGUCCAUCUAUUCAGGCAUCAAAUGCAACUUAUGAUGAUUGGCCCCAUAACCGAGAAAAUGGGGGAGUUGAAGGCUUCUUCUCAGAGGAAGAGAUACGCAUGAGAAGUCAUGAGAUGCUUGAGAACGAAGACAUGCAGCACCUACUUCGUAUCUUUAGCAUGGGUGGCCAUGCUGCUGUAAGUGUACCUGAUGAUGGUGGCUACUCAUACUCGUACAUGCCAUCCCCAUCACCAAACUUUAGUUUUGAUGAGGAUCGUUCGCGUCCAUCGGGAAAGGCUGUUGUAGGAUGGCUCAAACUCAAAGCAGCUUUAAGGUGGGGCAUUUUUAUCAGGAAGCAAGCAGCAGAGAGGCGAGCACAACUUGUUGAGUUGGACGAUUAGUGGAUAUGUUAGUGGGGAUUGUUGUGGUCUUUACAUGUUAUGCCUCAACAGUCUGACUUCCUAUUGGACCCCUUUUCUGACCCAAGCUUGGUAGGUUGUAGAUGGGUCUUUCUGUCAUUGCUGGGGCUCUGAUUGAGUUGGAAUUGUUAUCGGGCAGCUGGGAAUCUCUGCUUGUACAGUUCUUGCCUGUACAGUAAGUUUGUUUCUUCUCUACGAUCCUUAUUAAUUGUGUUUCAUUCAUUAAGAUGAUCUAUCUAUCCAUCUCUCUCUCUCUCUCUCUCCAAAAUUUGCUUUCUUGGUUUUGGGUUCAAGUCCUGGGCUUCCUAUGGACCCUUAACAAAUGUUAAGAGGCUGAUUUCUAGUUCAAACACGUAUCUUUACUGGGAUGUAUUCUGUAUGAUGAAGUAUUUGACUGGUUUCUAGAUUAGAGAUGUAGCCACCAGAUGUGUUCUGAUGGUUCUUAAAUGUAAUUCACGUUUUAAUGAGAAUAUGAAGCAAGGCAUGCAUGGCAAUGGGCACAAUAAACUUAUAUA